UGAUUCGUGUGACCUUAUAAAAGUAACCCUUUAAAAGUCUUUCAAGAUAUUAAGAUAUAAAUAAUACAUGUGUUUUUUAAGCCUCUACUGUACAAGCACUACUGUAUUCUUGGAUGAAUCCACACAUAUAUCUCUUUUCAUUGGAUUAUAAAUGAAAAUCCAAUUCUUAAUGUUUAAGCUGUCCUAUGAGAUACCUUAAUAGAGCAUCUCGUCUUUCUAUAUUUCUAGCGUCCUUUCUUCCAAGGGAAAGCAUUAUCGAUCACAGCCCCAGUACUGUACUAUUUAUUUAUGUUGGGUCUGCACAGACAGUGUACCGGUGAUUAACCAAGAGACCAGAUGGUGCAGGAAGGCAAGGACGUAUUUCUCCGGUACUGCAAGAUCCUCUUUGCCACAGCUAGAAGAUGUGAGAGCUCUAGAACGUCCUCGGAGAUGGAGCUGCUGGGGGUGAGAGAAACCUCUGCCGGGACCACAAGAUGCAACGAAAGAAACAAAACCUGGUCCAGUAUGUGGUUGGAGAAAACGGACAGCACCAGAUGCCCAAAUUGCGAAAAGCAGCCCUUUCCUGUCUGGUGAUAUGCACAUUGAAAGGAAGUUUGAUACUCCAUUUGAGAGAGACUUCACUCCCAGAUUUCCAGCACACCGGCGGGUCAUCAUCUCCUCACGCGCCGUCGAUUUCUAGGACCAAUCAGCCCAUAACCAUCAGAUCUGGUAGUGUGUAUGGAAAGAAAAGCAAAAGAUCAUAUCAAAGAAGAACAUCUGAUGUCUAACGUGAAGUUAUCUGAUUCAGAGGGUAAGGGAAACUACACCAACGAGUUUGGAGAUCGUAGUGAUGCCGAGAACCGUGGAAUAUUGUUCAAUGAUCAUAUUCCCGACCUGCGCCAAGCAGAUGAAUCAGAUGGAGCAAACAAGUCCCCCCCGGGGAUAUCUAUCGAUGGUGCACCCUCGAACAUGUUGAAUGUUGCUUCCAAAAAAUUGAGGAAAAGAAAAUUUGGCACGAGCAAUGGUGGAAAACAGCAGAAAGUGAAGAUAGACAACAAAAAUAAAUUUGACGAGUUUGGAUGCAAGCGCAUCAAGAAUGAAAACACAUCCAUGGAGGCUGAGAAUGAAUUACUGAUGAGCAAAUGUGCUCGGGCGAUAAAUGACCUCAAUCGUACAAGGCAAACUUUGGAGUACGUGAAGGACAAAUUGAAUGAAGAGACUGCUGUGAUUGCAGAGCUUUCCAUGAUUCUGAUAAAUAAUGGCAAUGAGUAAUCCACUUCAGCUUUCUUGCAGGUGAUCCGUCCAGUCAUGUUUAGGUAUCCAAGGACGAGGGUGUGGUUGGUUUGCUUUGCUUAUUUGUGUACCAUUUUCUUUAAAGUUGUGUGGAACAUUUUAUAUGUCGACUCUAUCGAACUUGUGUAUGCUUAAAGUCGUGUGUAUCGACUCUAUCGAACUUGUGUAUGGAACUUGUGUAUGCUUAAAGUCGUGUGUAUCGACUCUAUCGAA